UUUCCCCUCUCUCUUAAAUAAAAGGCGAAGAUACGAUGAGAGUAGCCGGGGACGACUAACUGCAACGUAACAACUAUAGUGUUUUCCGAUUCGUAAUCAUCAUCAAUGGCAGAGUAGUCCAACCGUUCCAUCCCCAAAUUCACCUUCCAUAAACGACGCUGUUUUAUCUGGAUUUCCAUUUUUCUGUCAAACUUUAGUCAGAUUCAGUCCUCGAAAUUCCUCUUUUGCAUAUCAUCAGCUCGCAUCGGAACCCUAGGUUGUACACAUUUCAGAUUGAAAUUUGUUGUUUCAAUUCUCCAGAUACCAGAUUUAUAACUUUGCUAAAGAUCAAAUUUGUCCUCGAUAGUACAAUAUCUGUCACGUUUGCUUGUUAAUUGGAUUCAUAUAGUGUUAAUUCCAUGAUGAAUUGAUACCGAAAUGUUAGAUUUUGAGAUGAUUUAUUGAUUUCAGCUGCAUUGGACUUGAAGUUAUUGGGACUCUACUUGUUUUGUGAUUGUUGAUUUUAGAUGUUGACUUAAUUGCUUUGUUAGCUGAACUAAUCUCGUAUCACAUGAAUUUCUAAGUUUUUUUUGGUCUCUCUGUGCUAUUACUAGUUUGCAUAUUUAGGCUUUUCCUUCUGUUUUAUUGCUAUUUUACAAAUUCUGUAGGCCAAUGAAUUUAAAGUUUCCCUUCAUAUAUGAGAACAUGGAUUACAAUUAUAUAUCCCGUUAUUCCAACUAAAGGAAAGGGCAUUUAUCCUUUAGAAGUCUGAAACUAUAGUCAGUGCAGCGGGCAGCCUGUUGGGUACUAGAUUAUACGCACUCUCUCUCUCUCUCUCUCACACACACACACUCACGUCUUGUGUGUCUCAUCUUAUUUCAGUUUUCCUGUUUCUUCCUUUUAUUUGUCCCAGCAGAUUGCUUUAUCAUAUCUGGAGUGUACUCAGGCCUCAGCUUCUAAUGGCAGAUUGCAUCUAAUCUUUCUACUAUUUUGGUACUCCACUGCGUUUCUGGAUUCUACUCAGGUUGAAUAUUAUAUUAUCUCUGUGAGCGGUCUCACGGAAUAUAUUGGCCAGGUUCGUCUGGCUCAUUUUCACGUACAUUUUCAAGUGUUGUUCAGAACCGUUGACAGCAAUAUUGUGUUUGAAGGUGAUCAUGAUCAAGGUUGUUGGGUUAUAAACCUUGUUAAUCUGAGAGACAGGAGUCUGACAAUUAUAUCUAGUGCAUUUUAGGAAUUUAUUCCUGUUGAAGUUAUUGGUAGGGAAAGUUCAUCUCAUGAGGUAGCCGGAGCUAUAAAAUAUCUUGUGGAUCACAAGCAAAAUGCUAUAUAAUUGGAAGAAGCCUCACAUUCUUUUCUCUACAGUGCUUGAUGGUUUUUAUGUUGCAAUAUAACUAGCAAUGAUGGAACAGCUAUCAGAGAAAAAGUUCCCUGUCAACGCAAAAGAUUAUAAUUUAUAUGAGGAAGUUGGAGACGGUGUCAGUGCAACUGUGUAUCGGGCUCUGUGUAUUCCGCUUAAUGAGAUUGUUGCAAUCAAGGUUCUAGAUUUGGAGAAGUGCAAUAAUGACCUGGAUGGAAUCCGGAGAGAGGUGCAGACCAUGAUUUUGAUUGAUCAUCCAAAUGUACUGCGUGCACACUGCUCAUUCACUGCAGGUCACAGCCUUUGGGUUGUCAUGCCAUUCAUGGCUGGUGGAUCUUGCCUUCAUAUCAUGAAAUCUUCUUAUCCUGAUGGUUUUGAAGAGCCUGUAAUUGCUACAUUAUUGCGCGAGGUCCUCAAAGCCCUUGUGUAUCUUCAUUUCCAUGGACACAUCCAUAGAGAUGUAAAGGCUGGGAACAUUUUGAUUGAUUCAAAUGGUACUAUUAAAUUGGCAGAUUUUGGAGUUGCUGCUUGCAUGUUUGAUACUGGUGAUAGGCAGCGUUCAAGAAAUACUUUUGUUGGAACUCCAUGCUGGAUGGCUCCCGAAGUGAUGCAACAACUGCAUGGAUAUGAUUUUAAAGCAGAUAUAUGGUCGUUUGGAAUAACAGCCCUUGAACUUGCUCAUGGCCAUGCUCCAUUCUCCAAGUACCCACCCAUGAAGGUUCUGCUGAUGACCCUACAGAAUGCACCUCCAGGUCUUGACUAUGAACGGGACAAGAGAUUCUCUAAGUCUUUUAAAGAAAUGGUUGCGGCUUGCUUAGUUAAAGAUCCAAAGAAGCGUCCGUCUUCUGAGAAGCUUUUGAAGCACCCUUUCUUUAAACAAUCACGAGGAAGUGAUUAUUUGGCACGUACAAUCCUUGAUGGCCUCCCACCUCUAGGUGAUCGUUUUAGGAUGCUUAAGGCGAAAGAAGCAGAUUAUCUUUUACAGAACCAGGCAAUGUAUGAGGACAAGGACCAUUUAUCACAGCAAGAAUACAUUCGUGGUAUCAGUGCUUGGAAUUUCAACCUGGAGGAUCUGAAGAACCAAGCUGCCCUUCUUCCGGAUUAUGACGAAAUUCCAGAUGCUGAAGAUUCAAGUAUUAGGGGGAAGCUAAGGGAGGGGAAUGGUGACGUUGGUUCUGUAGCAGAAAGGCAUAAUCAGUCGAGUGUCCUAUCUCACGAGGAUGAGCUGAAUGACGAUCAUGAUUUGGACGGUUCACUUGCUGCAUUUCCUAUUAAGCCUCUUCAAGCACUCAAGGGAUGUUUUGAUAUGUGUGAAGAUGACAUAACUGCUAGUAGUCCAAGUUGGGAAGAUGCUAUGCGAUCAGAGUCUAACCAGCAGAAUGAUAUGCUGUCACUAGCAAAAGUUGAGGACCAAGAUGGUGGAAAAGAUGAUGGUGAGAAUCUGCGACAGAGUAGCUCCUUGCCACGUUCUGUUAUUCCAGGGCAUAAAAAGUUUUUUAGUGGUUCACUGCUACAGGAUAACGCUCUUUCACCCAAAAAAGUUGUUACUGAUGGAGAGAGGGAAUAUCAACAUCCAAAGUACCAGUCUGAACGAAACCAUAGCGGCCCAUUGCAGUAUCGACAUAAAAAAGAUUUAGGAGAAGAUUCAUCAGAAGGAGCUGUUGUCCAACGCAAGGGACGUUUUCAAGUCACAUCAGCAGAUCUAAGUCCCAAGGAACCUACAAGCUAUUUCUUUAACCCAGUUCAGGGAGGUUCUACUAGUCCAAGCAAUAUAGGCCUAACAGCUGCUUCAGUUCUUCCAACAUUGCAAUGCAUUCUACAGCAGAAUACUUUGCAGAGGGAGGAAUUAGUGAAGCUGAUCAAGUUCGCGGAGCGAGGAUCUGUCAACCCUACAGACUUGGCUGAAGCUGGGACCGGUGAUCUUCCGCAGACGCCUGCUACUUCUGUUAGGGAGAGAGAACUGCAAUCAAUGGUCAUUCAAUUGCAACAAAGCAUUGGAAGUCUUGUGGAAGAGUUGCAGAGACAAAAGGUGAAAAAUGUUCAGUUGGAAAAGAAAUUGAAUCGCUGAUAUGAAGGCUACACCACCACGUGGUUGGUGAAGUUACUACACAUGCUUGUGCUCAGGAACAUUGUUAAGUUACUUGGCGAGUGGGUUGUUGUAUUUUUGUGUACCAUAUGUGAAUGUAAAGUAGGCACCCAAAUUUUGAGAUGCUAUUCAUUGUCAGAAUAUCGAUUAUCUAUUGUAAUAUAACAAUUCGGUUUUGUAUUUAAGUUGUCCUUCAAUAUUAAUUGAAAUUCUAGGAACAAAAAAAGUGCAGCUUGUGUAAAUCACCUUGCAAAAUGUAAGCUCUUGUUUCAAAGUCAAAUAAACCUCUAUGGAAGAGUUUGGUCCAAUUGAAA